GCAGAGCUGCUCCUCUUGUUCAAGCAACACCACCAUCAUCUCCUCCUCCUCCUUUAUUGAUUCACAGACUUGAAAUUCCCUCACAAGCAACCCGUCAGCUUCCACAGUGAUCAGAUUAAUAGCAACAAUAGGCUCUGUGCGCUAAGAAGGGAGAUAACCGGCUCUGCGCGUCCUCCGCGGGAUACUUUGGAUAGUACAGCACCGGAAUCCAUCCUGCUCCUGACUCCAGCGCCCGGGCAGCACCUGUGCGUCUCUCCGUCUGGUUACCUGGAUACCUGCGCGCUGUCCUCUGUAAAUGUCGGACUGAAUAUAACUGCUAUGACAGGGAAACUAGCGGACAAGAUCCCUCUUACCAUGAGCAGUUUAAUAAACGCGAUCCCCGACAGUCUGUACCCGGAGGAGGACAUCCCCACCUCUAUGAACAUUUUCACCAGCACGGAGCCUAUAAACCACUAUUCGCAGAUGAAUACAGGUUCAUUGACUCUCACCCUUAAACCCAUUCGCCCCAGGAAGUACCCCAACCGUCCCAGCAAAACCCCCGUUCAUGAACGGCCGCACGCCUGUCCUGCUGAGAACUGUGACAGACGCUUCUCGCGCUCAGACGAUCUCACUCGUCACCUCCGCAUCCACACAGGUCACAAGCCCUUCCAGUGCAGAAUAUGCAUGAGGUCCUUCAGCCGGAGCGACCAUUUGACCACACACAUCCGCACGCACACGGGUGAGAAACCCUUCUCCUGCGAGUUUUGUGGACGCAAGUUUGCCAGGAGUGACGAGCGAAAGAGACACGCAAAGGUUCACCUGAAACAGAAGGACAAGAAGCAGGCGGACAAGAACAGCGGGGCGGCCGGGAGCCACAGCUCACCGCCCAGCUCCUGUGGGGGCCCGGCGGUGGGAGCAUCAUGACCAUCACUACAUGCACAUGGACUAGACCCUAGCCAGAGACCAUACAGAGACUUUGGAAGUAAGGAUCACAUACACUUUGAAUAAAAUAGGUGAUUCUCUACCUUGUUUACACUCCGGCUCCUUUCAGUUCCUUCUUUUUUGAGAUGGAAGUCUUUAGUUUAAGUUAGAGAGGAAGGGCUGCUUUCCUCUUUUUUUUUUUUAAAGCAAUUCAGAGCCUCAGCUACUGUAACAUAGUGUAAACACAGAGAUGGGCACCUCAGCACGUUCUGCCACAGAGGUCUUGGUGUAUCACUAGGUUCUGAGGUGGAUAUGUCAUUUUUACAGAAACUGUUUUCAUUGAAAGAAAGCCAGAAUGCAUGAGAAAGGCUGAAGCUGAUGAACGGAGCUCAGUAAGAAGGUGUAUUGUCUGGGAUGUAUGCAUUAAUUUCAUUAGGCUGUUUAAAAGUGCAAUUGGUUAUAUUUGUGAAUCGUCAUGAUUUUCCUAAUGGUGGCACGUGACUGUAUUUUUUGUUAUUUUUGUUAAGGUGUAACGUGUUUUUUUUUUUUUUUAAAUAUAUUUGAAUGUUUCCUUUUUUUGGGGGUCGUUUUAUGAUUAUUAUUUUCAAAGAAUGUGCCAAAUGUAUUGCAGUGAUGCAGCCAACGUUGUUCCUUAUAAUUGUUCCUGACAUUUGCCAAACCAAGUGUGGCAUCGGUUUAGCACAGCUGUGGAAACAAUGGUAAGAUCAGACUCCAAACACCAGAUGAACCAGCACAGUUCGUUUGAAUCUAGAUCGUUGCAGAGUAGGUCAAAUGAAGCAAAGCCAAUGUCUUGUCCUGUUACAUGCACAGACAUGUCUACAGCAACUGAUGCCUUUGCCAAUACUUAAUUUAUUUUUAGUCACUGUGAGACACCAUGCGUGUCGUUUUUUUUAUUUUAAAAAUGUUUGACGUUGUGUUACCAAAUGUACUUUUAGUUGCUCUUUUGUUUUUAUAUAAAUGCUCAAUGAUAUUCUUUAUUUUCCAUGACUUCUGCAAUAUGCAAUUAAGUACAGACAUAUGCCACUUGCAAAUGAAAUUAACAAAAAGCAUGGUUACAGACAGAAUGAACAAUUUAUCAAAGAACACUUGGUUGUCCAUAAGCAGUAAUAUAGAGAGAAGAUGAAUAUGGUCCUUUGCAUGUCUUCUCAUAUUAUUAUCAAAACAACUAAGAGAUGAACAGAAAAUUGUAAGAGAUUAAUAGUAAUAAAAAAAAAACAAAUCCAUGUUUACAUAUUUCUUAUUCUGAGACAAGACUGCAAAAUGUAUGUGUUCUUCUUUUUGUACAGUAUACAAAUAUGUAUGCAGGUAGCUACAGUAGAAGUUUCACCUUUUGUACUAAAAUGUCAAAUGCACCACAGUUCAGUAUUAAAUUGUGCAUAAAUGUGCAUCCCUUAAUGCACAUGAUGUAAAUACAAACUUCUGCAUAAACAAGAACUCUUAAUUGAUUGAAUGUUUACGUGGAAAGUGUCUUUAAGCUUUCAGAAAAACAAAAUAUUCUUUUGUUAAAAUGUUUUAAGGUCCCUUCAGUAGUACCAAAUAUGUUGUUCCAUCUUUUACUAAAGAAAAAAACAAAAAGUCACAAACAACAAAAGGAUAGCACCAUCUGUACGAUUUACAGUGUAGACCAGUUAAACAGCACUAAUGUGUUCUUUGAAUGAACUCCAUUUUUUUAUUUGGUGUAUUUCCAUUAAAAGAAAAAUUAGUUAUUAUAAUUACCACAGCCUCUUAGCUGUAUAAAAAAAAAUACUGGUUAUUAGUGAUUGUUUUUUUAAUGACUGAAGCUAUUCAUAAACAAAAUACAUAACACAUCAUGCAAAUAAGUUUCCACAAAUUAAAUCACUUACUUUAUUCAUUUUACACUCAGAUCAUUUCCAUCUUUUAGCAAAACAUUUUGUUCGGGCCAUCGAUGGUUUUGCUUGGAUCCAAGAACACUGCCACAGAGGAAUAACAUUGAAGAUCGUAUUACAGGCUUAUUGCCAGACAGUGAAAGGCAUUUGUCUUUAGGCAUUUU